CUGGACCCAGAGUUGUUGAAUUUUGGAAAAAUUUUCUCGAUGCAAAAAUAGUUUUCCCGAUACCACAAGAUAUGGAAAAAUACGAAUUAAAUGGUUUAGAAUCUUAUUCUACAAUCGAAGGCAGUCAUAUCUAUCUAAAUAAAGGGAUGAUUACCGAUUCAAAUGGUAGGCUAUACAACAAUGGAGAUAUCACCGAUACACAAUUGCCGUCAAAGCUGAUGGAUAACUUUGGAGGGAUUCUGUGCUUGCCGGAUGGCGCUUUCUUUCUCGGAGACGAGUGCGAAUAUGGAUCGAAACUUCUCAUACGAAAUUGCUAUCUGCAGUUGCUCGAGUUAAUCGAAAAGAAUCGUGAACCGGGUUCCCCAGCCGUUACUGGUUGCGCAAUUACUGGUACACCUGGUAUCGGAAAGACAUACUUUGGUUUAUACCUCCUCUUUUACAUUCGGUACAAAUAUCCUAAAGCGACAAUUAUCUGGAGGGGUGAUGAAGAUAUUUGUUAUCAAUUCUUGCCAGAUGGUAAUGUUCAAGAAGGAGAUUUCAGCCUGUUUCGCAAGACGCUAGAAAUUUCUGAUAACUUCUACAUUUCUGAUGCACAUACUAUGACACGGUGUAAAGCCUAUAAGUUCCUGCUCACAUCACCAAAGGCAGAAAGAUUCAAUGAGGCUGUAAAAUGGCGAGGGUUUACCAAGUAUUUUAUGCCAGUUUGGGAACUUGAGGAAAUUACCGCACUUUGGACUCUUUUAUAUAAAAGCGAAGCGUUCACGUUUGAAUUACUCGGGAACCUUCUGGAAAAGUGGGGACCUAUACCCAGGUCAGUUCUUUUAAAAUGGGACGAUGUGACAUAUCAGAAGGAUUACGAUAAUCUGGUUGAUAAAGCUAAUUUGGAAAAAUGCAUAAACUCUAUUGACAAGGAAGGCAUGCCCAGUGAUACAGCUAGUGGUAGACUCGUACACCUUGAUGUAGAUCCAACAUUUACGAAAGCUGUAUGUCGUUUUGCUUCUCCGAUGAUAUCUAACAAAAUAAUCCAGGAUUAUGAAACUAAGACAAGGAAGAGUGUUCGUGAUUUUAUCAUGAGCAGUUAUAAUUACCCAUCUGGAAUUGCAAAAGGGUGGCCAAAAUCAAAAACAUUUGCGUCGAUUGAUUCUUUUAGCUUUGAUAAUGAUAACAACACUUUGGAUUUGUACCAAAUUACUGUCUCAAAGAAUCACGGCAUAAAGAUAAAAGGACUUAAUGACCUCAAAUUCUCCCUCCCGUGGAUAGAUGUGAAUAAAAUUAAUUUAUACUUUGUUGUUCCAUCGGACAUCUUUGAAAGUUUUUCUCCGCAAAAAUACAAGACAGCUAAAGGUGAAGAUUAUCAAAGAAUUCCAGAAUGGAUUGAUAAAAUACCUCAAUAUGCAUUAGAGCUCAACUUCGAUUCAGGACAGAAGCGAUCUAGGGAUAUGAUAUUGGAAGACAAGGAAUGUGGAGAAGCAUCAGAGAUCAAUGUGGGUUCAGAACAAUAUAAUCUGAAACGUUCUAGCAAUAUGAUGUUGGUAGACAACGAAAGUGAUGGGGAAGUAUCAGAGGAAGAAAUGGAUAGAAAAGAUGUGAAGAAACUAAAAACAUAA